AUGAGUCUAAUUCAGGCCGAUGACCUAAUCCUGGCCUCAUCAAUGGCCGCCACCGUAUUCAACGUGAUGGUCAUUUUUUGUGCAUUUAAAUUAUUCAAACGCAGCGGCGACACCAUGCAUCUAUUUAUCGUCAAUAUGACAGCUGGUGAUCUCAUUCUGACAAUCUUUUGUCAUCCAAACGAACUUCUCAUUCGUAAACAUCAAUUUCUUCAUGAGGUCACCCUUUGCGGUGUCGUUCAUUACUUCAAUUGGGUGGGAUUGGCCGUGUCUGGUCUCUCGCUAACAAUGCUCAACAUUGACAAGUUAAUAUACUUUCGAUGGCCAUUAUCUUACGAUCGAACAAUGUCCAAACAACGAGCCGCCACUUUUUGCUUAGCAAUUUGGUUGAUCACUUUGGGAUUCAUUUCAUAUUGUUGGAUAGCAAAAGUCGUGUUUAUUCAGGAUCAGGAUUGUAGUUUACAGAUGAAUCGUGAGAAAAAUUUCUAUUAUGAGACAUUUCUGAUGUUAUUCUGCGUAAUGCCAGUCGUUUCCUCUCUUGUCGUCUCGAUUUAUCUCUUUAAACUGACUCGCCAAAAACGAGCUGCAACUGUUGUCCAAACCGGAAACCCAAAUGAAACACAUGCUUUUCGGAAAAAGGUGAAAUCAUUGGUGUUCAUCUUUGCAACAACCGCAUGGACAUCGUUUUCCCUUUUGCCGUAUCGAAUGCUGAAUCUAGCGAGAUUACAUCUUUUCUCAUGGAGCGAUCUAUCUUGUGAUGAUAAACGAUUGGUGACUUGGAUUGCUUGGAUUUUGUUGUAUCUGCUGACAUUGAAUCCGAUCGUGAACCCACUGAUCACCGCUCUCAUCUAUGCUCCAUAUCGUUUGACAAUCAAGAAAUUCUUGGUGAAUAUCCCUGUUGGCCAGAAUCGUCCUCUUUACACUUAUCGUGAAGGUCACUACAGUGAGGGCAGCAGCACGAGAAGGAGUCGGGCUGGACGAUCAUCGUCAGCUGAUCACGAGUUGAGCACAUUGAGACAAAGCAGCACUGAAGUGGUCCGAAUGUCGAUGUCGGAACCUCCAUGGACUCCUACAAAGAUUGAAGGUCAAGAAGUAGUCACUUUUCAUCUCGAUCGACCAAAGAGUAUCUCUUAUCAUUAUCGAGAUUCAAGCAGUGAACCUCGUGAGCAA